CAGCUUGACUAAGGACGAGCUAGCGGCCAAAUGGCAUGAACAGGACUUGUAUGUGGAGUGUCUAGAAGCCCAGUCGGCAGCUCAGGAAGGUACUGAGAUCACACGAGUGAGACCACCUCACUCACCACAUAUCUUAAGCGAAUUAACGAAUGCCAGGACACAACGGUAUUUUGUAAGAGACAAGACUCUCGUAGAGACGCUAAGGGUAGGGUUCAUUAGAUCAGUGUUUAGGAUACUGUCAUUAAGUUGUCUAUUAGGCUUAAGAUAACGAGAGAGAGCUUUAAUCAAUAAGUAACUUCAAGUAUAAACGAUAGGAAACGAUUUUUAUUAUCGCUCUAUGAAGGAGCUCAGUACAUAUGUGCGAUCAGAUUAUUUCAAUGUAUCUGCACAAAAGUACUAGAGAGAUUAAAUUAAUAUUGGAGAAUUGAGAUAAUGUUGCGCUUCAUAUAUAUGAUUAUAUUAAUAUAUUUCCAAAACUACAUUUUUUUGUGAUGUGUAAAGUGCGGGUAAUUAAAGAUUCAUAUAUGUAAGGCGAUAACUCUCAAGGUAUUUGUGUGCGCACGGGUGAAGUGACAGCCGCAUACAUACGUAAACAAAAAGGGAUACGUUUCCAAAUUUUCUUGUGAGCAAUUACAUUCAAUCAGCCAUAAAAAGCAUGAUUAGCGAGUAAAAGUGAAAAUGGCUGAUGUAUAUAACAAAAAAAAAAGUGCUUGUGUGUCUCAAGAAGCGUCUGAAUGAGGUUUCUCUGCGAGAGAAAAAAGAAAACCGUGUCUGCCAUCGAUGUUGUGGGUAGGCACAGCCUUCCUUUGCUCAAAAUGCUCAUUUCAUAAGUGCCCUGUGCAAGUGUAUCGCGUAUAUUCUCCGCAGUGUAAUAAUUUAUGCUGCCGAAAUGCGGGAGAGUGUGUGUGUCGUGCGUGUAUAAUUUCGAAAUACCGAGUUCCUAGUUAACGAGGAUGAGACGAAAAGCGGCGUUUAUAUGAUGGCGCUCUGAAUUUAAGCGGCUCGGAGGAAUAGUAAGAGUGGAUCCGUGUCACGCCCUUUGGUCUACAAAAUACUGCACCUGGGGUGCGUGAAAUUUAUAUUCUCGGUGAAGUACGCAACACCACCACCAUUCGUCGUUACCAAUUGGAACAUGACUCGAUCCCGUCAUCUGUCUCUCCUUUCCCCCCCCUCCCGAAUUUAUGUAUCCUUACAUCUUUAUUAUCUUGUCCUUGAAACUUUUUUUUCCAAUUAGAGAUAAUGUAAUCUUUAAUCAAUUGUAUUCCUAGACCAAUUAUCCUACAUGUUCUUACUAUGAAUGCAACAUUGUGUGCAUGCAUUUAUACCUGCACCAUAAUGUCCUGGUAUCAGAUACAAAUUUCAAAAGUACAUACCUGUGGGUUAAGCCCGGCCAGCGUCUCGUAACAACAUCUGUGCCUGCAACAAGUACACGCUUGAUUCUUGCGGAAGAAAAGUAACGUCCACUCUUGGUCUCGGUGGAAGUACAGAGAGUCACACAAAUGGCACGUCGCAACGACUCCAAAAAUCAAAGUGAACUAGCUUCAUUGAGAGAAUCCGAAAACAAAUACAAGCAACAAUAUAUAGAGGCAUCUCACAGGGAGAAGAUCCUAGUAAGGAGGCUUGCCUCUAAAGAGCAGGAAUUGCAAGAGUAUAUUAAUCAAAUAACUGAAAUGAAAGCCACCCAAGCUCCGUCCGCAGCUGCGUUAAGGUCCGCUCUAUUAGAUCCGGCUGUUAAUAUACUGAUACAGAAAUUAAGGCAAGAGUUAAUAACGACCAAGGGUAAAUUGGAGGAUACGCAGAAUGAGCUAAGCGCUUGGAAGUUCACCCCGGACAGCAAUACGGGGAAGAGAUUAAUGGCAAAAUGUAGAUUGCUAUAUCAAGAAAACGAGGAACUUGGUCGUAUGAUCGCCAGUGGACGUAUUGCUAAAUUGGAAGGCGAACUCGCUCUGCAAAAGAGUUUCAGUGAAGAAGUGAAAAAGUCACAAUCAGAACUAGACGAGUUUCUGCAGGAUUUAGAUGAAGAUGUAGAGGGCAUGCAGAGCACCAUUUACUUCUUGCAGCAAGAACUGCGCAAGGCUCGAGAAUCUGUGACGCUGCUGCAGCAGGAGAAUGCAGCAUUGAAGGCGAAUACAAACGAGAAUAAUUUGUCGAACGGUCUGUCACCCCACACGCCACCGAUUAAGAAAGAGGAGCCGGAGGACACUGCAGUACCGGACACGAAACUUCCGAAACCGAUGGAGGACAGUGAUGUGUGCAAAGGUGUAAGGACUCCACCGUUAACGUCGCCCCAGAGUGAGCUUACCAGUGUCGAAAGAACAGACCGUGUGGAGAGAAAGCUUAAUCAGGCCGAUCACAAUGACGAGAGUUCAAGCGACUCCGCGGCGUUAAUUAUUAAGGUCGAAAACGAGGAACUCAGUGAUAGGGAGGAGGAGCAGGAGGAGAAUCGGAACAAACGAAUAUUGAGGAAUAAAAAUCACAGUAGAAAUAGUGGUAAAUCGAACGGGGAGGAGGUGUUAACACGAACAACGCGGGGUAGGGACAGGAUAAAGAGGGAGAAAAGUGCAGCCAGUAGUGAUGACGAAAGGACGCACAAGAAGAAACGGAGGGAGAGCAUUCUUUCUCUCGAUUAUAACGAGGCCGAUGACGACGCGCUAGUUUUAACUAACGGCGAGACUCUGCAGAGUGAUCCGGAAUGAGCGUUGAGUUUUAGGGUUUGGUUUUGGACUCACACACGAUGGUUGAAGUUCGCGAUACAUAUGAUUUGACAUCCACCUAUGUACAAAAUUUUUGCAAAAUCUAAAGCCGGCUAUUUACAAGACAUUGUUCGAAUAAAUGAAUAAUUAGCCAUAAAGGAACGUAAUUUCAGUACCUGUAUUCGUGAUAAAACUGCAAAGGAUAAAUAUUCACAUUGGUCUCUAAAAUGACGAGCCUGUAAAUACUCUUAUACCAUUAGAUCGAUAUGAACGUUCACGUUUACGUCAAGUUACUUGCAAACGACCAAGUUGCGUAUUACAAAGAUAUAUCAGACGAGAAAUCUGAAUAGGUUAAUAUAAUUUAUUACAGCCCGAAUACAGCUGUAAAGAGAAAAAUCAGAACAAUCGAAUUUCGUUUGUAUUUUGUAAAUUUUAUUGUAUUAAAACUAUGUAAAAAUCAGCAAGAGCUUUGGUUCAAUCAGUAAAAGAAAGAUUAUUCGAAAGAUGUAUUGUCAAGAAUUAAUCAAAAACGCCUGACCAUAAUUACGUAAAUCAAGUUCCAACUGCUUUCAGGCACAGAAGGCGCACUGUAAGAUUUUCACAUGAUUAUGUACGUAACGUUGUACAUAUGUAUUUCUGUGCAAUUUGAGAUAUGUAUCGAUCGCGCGUUUUCAUUUUGCUUUUAUCGAACGAUUGAAAAGCAUUAAAAAAAAGCAAAUGACAUUAAAAUAAAAUAUACAACUAUUAGUCUUAGCGACGCAUACGGAUUGAUCUCACAGACUGAUACAUUAAUCUCACAUUUUUAAUUUUCCUAAACUGUGAAAUUUGUAUAGUGUUUGAUAUAUUUUAUAUUAUCUAUAUACAUUCAAAUUUGCUUUAUAUCGUCUCUCCGUCAAAAAUUUGCGCUUUCAGUUUCGUUUGCAGUCCGUGCUGUAAAGAAAGAAAUGUUGAAUAUCAAGAGUACAAGUUUGCAUUACAAAAAAACAGAAAUAUUACACGACAAAACGCAUAUUUCAUCCAAAAAAUUUUCUGUAUAUAGUGCCAUUAUUUUAUUCUUGUCUAGAUAUUAAUAAUUUCUAAAAUACGAGAGAGAGCGACGAAAAAAUAAAGUGCUUUUUCUUACGCACAUUUUUCAACUAAGCAUGGUGUCUUCUUUUCUUCAAAUAAUAAUUAAGAACGACUAGAGACAGCUUUAUAUUUCGAUAAGUAUCCAAUCGAGUUUUUACACAUCCGCCUUUUUGCUUACGCGAUGUAGAACGUCCGCGCGCGUGUUAGUUUACACUUAAACUUACCACUAAAAGUAUGCUAACAAAUUGUGAAUCUUCAACUGCAAAACAUGAUGAUUAAAGAAUUCCUUAUUCAGACUGAA